AUGAUCUACACCCUCCGGCGGGCGACCAUCUUCGUCACCGCCCUCACCAUCUUCUCGAUCUUGGUCAUAACCUUCCUCCCACGUUACCUAAACCCUACGCCUCCUGACGCCGAAGAACGAAAGCGAGACAGACAAUGGGUCAGCACCUCGCCGUACUGGUUUGAUCGCCAGGUCUGUCGAUACCUUGGUCUAUGUGGUAUUCAGCACAUUCGAUGGGAUGCGCCAACUCUGCCCAGCUGGGGUCCCGGUUCCGACCUUGACAUGAAGGAAGAAAUAGCCAAAGUGCUCGGCGUUGGCAGCUGGGACGAGGACGGAGCGGCAGUCUUCAUCAACAAGCCCGGCACCGAAUCUUGGGAACAUGCGCCCGGCCAUGUCGACCUCAAGCGCAAGCGAUCCGAGUCUUCCGAUACCCUCCAAGAAGUCCCCCAAUAUGUCCUCGACCAUGCGCCGCUCGUCCAUCUCUACUCGGGCGAACACUUUUGGCCUUCGGACAUUGCCGACCACGUUAAGCACAUGGGCCUCCUUGACGAGGAAGACGGGUCGGUGAACAGGACGGAUGAACUUGAUCUGGGGAAUCUCGCCAAGCUCAACGCCAAGAACAGCACCGUCUUUCUGACGAGCAUGGAUGAUGUGGAAUCCAGGCCAGAAUGGCUCCACAACCGAGCCGGGAUCCCCGUCGAGUAUGAAGACGGUGGUGAUGAUGAACACAACGGAAACCCCGACAAAAAGAUCCCCGGAAACAACCCGACCGUGCCUACCGAUGGCAACACCUGGUGGGACGCCGACAAGCAACACCCGCCGAACCGGAUCGCCGCUCCUCGGUAUCCCAAGGGCGGUCCUUCAUCUCGUCAAAGGCGGUUCCUGCAGGGCGACGAUGAGCCGCAGCGUCCCAUUGGCGACAUCCCUUCGGACGGUGACAAGAACAAGCCUAACACUAGCGGUUAUUCCAAUGGCCCCGCCGUGCUCAUCCUUGUCGACAAAGGCGCCGGCAUUUUGGAUGCUUUCUGGUUCUUCUUCUACUCGUACAACCUGGGGCAAACCGUUCUCGGCAUCCGCUUCGGCAACCAUGUCGGCGAUUGGGAGCACUGCAUGACACGCUUCGAUAACGGGAUCCCGAAAGCCAUGUUCUUGUCGGAGCACGCUGGUGGAAAGGCCUACGCCUGGCCUGCUUUAGAGAAGAAGCCUCAACCGAAUGGCAAACCUCCCCGUCCGGUUAUCUACUCGGCUGUAGGAAGUCAUGCCAUGUAUGCCACGCCUGGCUUGCACCCGUAUGUGCUGCCUUUCAAGCUCCUCAAGGACGUCACCGACCGCGGCCCUCUCUGGGAUCCUGCUCUCAACCACUACAGCUACUGGUACGACUACGAGGUCGGGCUGAACGAGACCGAGUCACCUUCGUCCCCUCAAUCGCCCUACUUAGGCAACCCGUCCGGACCUCCGAAGGAGUAUAAAUCUCUUGUUCCUGCAGCGGACAACCCGAAGGCUCCAACAAAUUGGUUUCAUUUCGAAGGAGCAUGGGGCGAUGAUGUCUAUAGUCUGGCGGAUUACAGGCAGUGGAGGCUGUUUGGCGAGUAUCACUACAUUGUCGGACCACUGGGACCCAAGUUCAAGUACUUGGAGAGGAGGAAGGUAUGUCAGACGGACAAGUGCACGUUGCUCUGGAGCAUUGAGGCCGGGGAGAAGAGCAGUUGGUAUUGA